CGAAGCGAGUCGGAAUUCAACUUCUCCCGAGCUUCUCCGAUCUCGCGUCAGCAUUUCGACGUCGAGGCUACACCGGAGAGCGGCGCACUGCAAAGUUUACACAUUUCACCUUCCAUUUUCAACUAACUGCCAUCGGAAGCCGUCUUCAUACACCAGCGCCAACCGGGCUUUGCCACCGUCUCAAUUUCGGCUUGACCAAGCAGAUCACCCGCCUAUCAUAGGUACCUUACCUACCCGGCCGGUAAUCACGCGCAACCAACUUACCCUGCCUAAAGCCCUCACCACAAUCAUGGCCAAACCCAGCAUCCUCUUCCUCCACGGCUCCGGCACCAACGCCGAGAUCUUCCGCCUCCAAACCCGCAAACUCGCCCACCUCCUCCAACCCCACUUCACCCUGCUCUACCCGACCGCGCCCCUGCCCAGCAAACCCGGCCCCGGCGUCCUCCCCUUCUUCGAAGAGUGCGGGCCCUUCGCGACCUGGAUGGACGACACCUCAGCCGCGACCGAGGACCCUUACUGGGGCGCCGACCACAGCGACGACAGCAGCGGCGUGUCGGCGCUGCUAGCCUCGAUCGAGCGGCUCGUGCGCGACGAGGGCGCGGGACCCGUGGUCGGCGUGGUGGGGUUCUCGAUGGGCGCGCAGGUGGGGAUGGAGGUUUCGCGGCGGAUGGGGGAGGCGGUGAGGGUGGUGGUGAGCGUGUGCGGAACGGUGCCGUACCGGGGCGGUGGGGACGCGGCGAGGGAGGAGGGGUUUCGGCGGAUGGUGGAGAGGGGCCGGGUGAGGGCGGAGAGCGUGCAGAUUAUUGGGGAGACGGAUCCGUGGCGGGGGCAGAGCGAGAAGUUGGUGGGGUUCUUUGAGGAGGAUGGGAGGAGGGUGAUUCGGUUUCGGGGCGGGCAUAUGAUGCCCGCGGAUGAUGCUAUCAAUAAGCAGGUGGUGAAGGUCAUGCUGGCUGCUUGUUCGGGCGUGUGAGGGAGGUAAGGGUAGGUACCUAGGUAGGUAGUUGAGGUUGUUUCAGAUGGGCGGUUGCUCACAGGGUAGGUAGGUAUUCAUUCACGUAGGGGGCAAAGGAAUUCGAAAAAGACACACGAGACGAAUAUAU